UGUUACUGCUCAGAAGAGGGCAGACAUACACAGGAGACUGCUCUUAGACACAGAUCCCCUUCUGUACGCUCACACCUUCCUCUGUACUUGUCAUGGCUGGAGAAAUAAUUUAUGCUGAUUUAAAAAUUCCUGGAGCCAGUUCCUCUUCAAGGCCACCACAACCAUCUCAGCACCUCAGUUCCCCUCCAUGUCCCCGGUGGCAUCGCAUCGCUGUAGGGGUCGGAUGGGCUGGGAACAUCGUCCUGACAAUAGCUGUGAUAGCCCUGGGGGCUUGGGUUUCCCAGUUGCAUAUCUCUUGUGAAGGACAGACCAGAGGAACUCUGAAUACAUCGGAGAAUAAUGAAGCAGAGUGCUCCUGCCAAGAGGAUUUCCGGUCUCACUUGAAACCCCACAAUGGCAGCUUGGCAGAGGGCUCCGGGUGCAAACUCUGUCCCAGCUACUGGCUGCUGCAUGGGGACAAGUGCUACUGGCUGUCUAAGGAGCGUAAAAACUGGACUGGGAGCCGUGACGACUGCUCGGGGAAGAGCUCUCGCAUGCUCGCGAUCCGCAACCAGGAGGAGAUGGAUUUCAUACGGAAUGUUACAAAAGCUGUAAAUCAUAUCUGGAUUGGACUUAACGUUACAUCCCCUGAGAAGAACUGGAUGUGGGUGGAUGGCUCCCUAGUCAAUCAAACACUGUUCCCAGUAACUGGCCUUGCUGAACAGAACAGUUGUGGGGUGAUGAAGGGGGAACAGAUUCGUUCUGAAAUCUGUGGUGCUGAAUUCAAAUGGGUUUGCCAGAAAGAAGCCUUCCAGAUAUAAACAGCAUCUUUAAGUAUGUGUAUUAAUGGAACUGAAGUCUAAAGCAUCCACAGUGCUAAUUUGUAAUGUGAUUAUUUUAAAUGAAUCUGUGUAUAAUCAUUUUAAUUCUCAGGGUCUGUUACUUUAGAAACAGGGUCUAUUCUUCUAUUUCUUGGUUUUAAGAGAAGCUGCUAUGAAUCCCUGAAAAGCCAGCCAUUUUCUGCUUAUCUUGAUCUUAAUCAUAUUUUCUGUUGUGAACAACUGUUUCAAAGCCUAUAGCAGAGGCAGGUUGGGACACCCAAGUGCUGUUUUGGUUUGUUUGACAAACAUAAGUGUUUGAGAACUCUUGCACAUGGGCCAAAUUUUUAGAACUAGCUUCUAAUUCUGUUCGCCCAAAAUCUCCAAUUUAUUUCUUCAGGUCUGGUAGUUGUGUGUUCAGCUGACCAGUCUGGUGAACAAAUGCCAUUUAUUUACCCAAAACUGAGAUUCUGUGCUACCAAAAAGAAAUUGGGUGGGCAAGUUUAGAGAGGCAAUAAUCUCUGAAAAUUUAGCUCCAAGGCGUUGAGGUACUAUGAAAUCCAGACAGGGUGAGAUUUUCAAAGGCAGGCAGGGCAGUUA